ACAGCACACUGGGAGCCCCGGUGGAGGUCUGCCGCUGCCCACUGAGGGUUUCUUCCCCUUUAAAACAAACUAUGCAGCCCUAGCGGUGGAUGUUGCCCGGGCUCCCUGGGAGAAGGUCUGCGGGCUGGAGCGAGGGGGCGACAGGGGGCACCAGCCGAGGCGGAGGCGAGGGAUCAUGGCGGCCCCUCUCGGACGGGACACCCUACCUGACCACUGGUCCUACGGAGUUUGCAGAGAUGGCCGCGUGUUCUUCAUCAACGAUAACACUCGUAGCACCACUUGGCUACAUCCGCGCACCGGAGAGCCGGUUAACUCGGGACACAUGAUCCGCUCAGACUUGCCCAGAGGAUGGGAGGAGGGCUUCACGGACGAAGGGGCCAGCUACUUCAUCAACCACAACCUGAGGAUGACAUCGUUCCGGCAUCCUGUCACCGGACAGAUUUCCCCCGAAAACACAGAAUACACUCUACAAGACAGGAUAGAUGCCCGUAUGUCCAGGUCAGCGGCCAUCCACAGAUCCCCCAGCAUGGUCACAGAGUCCUCCAAGGGUGGGACCCCGGCUGCUUUGGAUGCCUCAGGGUCAAAGGGCUCCAGAGGUUCGGGGAAAGUUCACAGUUUUGGCAAGAGGGAUCAUGCUAUAAAAAGAAAUCUCAACAUCCCAGUGGUGGUGAGAGGCUGGCUCUACAAACAGGACAGCUCUGGAAUGCGACUGUGGAAAAGGAAGUGGUUUGUUUUGUCAGACUUCUGCUUGUUUUACUACAAAGACAGCCGAGAGGAGGCCGUGCUCGGGAGCAUCCCUCUGCCCAGUUAUGUUAUUGCACCUGUUGAGCCUGAUGACCACGUAAACCGCAAAUAUGCUUUCAAGGCGAGCCACACAGGAAUGCGCUCCUACAUUUACAAUAAGAACUCUGUGAUUGGCUCACAGGCGGAACACUGCGGGAUGAGGACAUAUUUCUUCAGUGCGGACACACAGGAGGACAUGAAUGGCUGGAUCCGCGCCAUGAACCAGGCUGCGCUGAUGCAGCAGAGUCACACUAUGAAGAGUGAGGUGGAGAAGCCAGAGAAGGCCUUCCCACAAGCGAACCACGUCCACGUCGUCCAGAACUCACCUCAGCCAGAAAUCCUUCACAGGGCCGACAGAAAGGAGUCUUGUGAUAACGGCAUCAGACUGGCUCCCGGAGAUGAAGAGAGGUAUGGAAUAGAGAUCCAAGUGAGGCCCGGCCCGUCAACCUCAGAGGAACGAGCGGAGAGACUCUCUCCUGACCCUGUCAAUGGUGCCGCCCACAAGAACGGACAGCCGACCGUAAUCCAAUUGGCUCUGCCGCCGGAACAAAAUGGAAAUCUUGUCUAUCAGCGGGGCUUUGUUCCGCAGAAAGGAACUGAGAAACAUGUGCAGAGGAAGAACACACGGGCUCAGGUGGAGCAGUGGGUCCAGGUUCAGAAGGGGGACCCACCAAAGAGUGCUCCCUCUACUGAGUACAACCUCCCCCGGCGGACUCCCCCGUUAAAGCCCAAAGGCAGCACAGUGGAGGCCACCUAUCAGUCGUUGCCAAAGUCUCCCCGUCUUCCAUCAGGCAGCAACUCUCCUCCAGCAACGUCCAACCUGCCCAGUGACUACAAGUACGCUCAUGACCGACUCAGCCACUUCCGCAUGUCCACCGACGAGCGAAUGGCCGCCAAGGAGGGGAUGGUGUGGCAGCUGUACGAGUGGCAGCAGCGGCAUCAGUUCCGUCACGGCAGCCCCACUGCUCCUGUUUACAGUGGGCCGAACUUCACGGACUCGUCCUCCUUCAGAGUCACUGUGGAGAUGCCCCGGUCCAUGUCUGUCCCUCCGUCCCCGUGUGAGGUCCCACCGUCCGUCCCCUCCUCAUUCUCACCGCUGUCCCCUCGCAGGCCACACACUCCCUCAGACAGACGCAAUGUCAGGCCCCUGAAUGAGGUAACAUCCGGGGACAACACCAGAUCCAGCUCCCCCGGCCAUAUUUGUGCACAUCUUACCCAGACUUCCCAGAUAGAGAGAAGGUCCAUGCCAAACAUGGGCUACAUCACACACACCGUCAGUGCACCGAGCUUACACGGCAAAACGGCUGAUGAUACUUACAUACAACUGAAGAAGGACCUGGAGUAUCUAGAUCUGAAGGUGGGCCCCAACAAAGUGAAAUUAAGUCGACUGUGUGAACAAGACAAGAUUCUCCAGGAGCUCGAGGCCACGAUACGAACUUUGAAGGAGGACAAGGACAAGUUAGAGUCUGUGCUAGAUGUUUCCCACCAGCAGAUGGAGCAGUACAGAGAUCAGCCGUCUCACGUUGAGAAGAUCGCCUAUCAGCAGAAACUACUACAAGAGGAUGUGGUGCACAUCAGGGCGGAAAUAUCCCAAGUUUCCACGGAGAUGGAGAACGCGUGGAAUGAAUACAGCCGGCUGGAGAGAGAUGUGGACUGGCUGAAGUCCGCCCUGCAGGGACACAUGAACCGCACGGAUCUCUCUCAGCAGGAGAAAGUCCAGAUCAGAAAGGAGCUGUGGAGGAUUGAGGACGUUAUCGCAGGUCUCAGCAGCAGUAAAGCCAACUACAAAGUCACUAUCUCCUCUGUCACCAACCCAGAGAGGAAAUUUGUGCCUUCAGUGUCGGCAUCAUCAGUGCCUUCUGUGUCUGGGAGCCCGUCUGCUAUGGAGAUGAAACUGUCCCAGCAUCAGCAGCAGCACAGCCCCCACCUCAGCCCGAGUGGCCACACCCCCACCCUCUCCUCCAGCCCCAUCCAGCAGCUCUUGCACCACUCCUCCACGUUCACCAGUGGGCUCAAAUGGGGUGAGGAAGAUGUGCCUCCGAGACCUCCUCUACCUCAAGUCUACAGUCCAGAUGAGCACCCCCCUACUGUGCCCCCGUUGCCCCGGGAGACGACGGUCAUCAGACACACGUCUGUGAGGGGCCUCAAGCGACAGUCAGAUGAGCGUAAACGGGACAGGGAGAUCGGCCAGUACACUAAUGGAGACAGUAAGGUGGAACUCAGGCCUUUUCUGAGCGACCCGGAGCUCAUGGGAGCUGGGGACGGCUCCAGUCACAUCAGUGUAGUAACAUCUGGACAUGAUGGAGGUUACCAGACGUUACCUAGCAGAGGAGUUGCUGGCUCCUCACUCAGACUAAAUCAGUCUUCAAGCAUCUCGUCGUAUGUGACCAUCCGAAGAUCAGCCUCAGCUGCCGGCAUGAAGGAGAGACCAAAAAGUGCCUUGGAGCGUCUGUACUCCGGGGAGCCGGCGCAGCAGCAGCAGCAGCAGCAGAGGGGGAAGAUGAGUGCCGACGAGCAGCUGGAGAGGAUGAAGAGGCACCAGAAGGCCCUCGUCCGCCAGCGCAAACGCACCCUGAGUCACGGAGACCGCCGCGCCGCAGCCUCGCGUCCGCUCUCUGCAGACUUUGGAUCAUGGAAGAGAGAGCAAGAGUUUGACCUGCAGCUGCUCGAGAGGGCUGUUCAGGGCGAGGAGGCGCAGGGCGUUAGGAGCGUCCAGGGGGAGGAGAGACCCCCCGAGCACAAGGAGAGACCCCGGUCGCAGUCGGACGAAUGGCUGACCUACCGCUCCACGGCCAUGACUCCUCCUGCACAGGAAGUUGACCUGGAGCCACUAGAUUAUGACGUGGACCUUAACAAAGAGCUGUCGAAGCCUCAGAAAGUGCUCAUCCCAGAGCGCUACGUGGACUCGGAGCCCGAGGAGCCGCUGAGUCCUCAGGAGGAGGAGGAGCGGCAUCGUAAGGUGGAGCGCAUCAAGAGCAUCCUGGCAAAGUCAAGCGUGCAGAACCUGGCACCUACAGUGUGUGUGGACAAGCCGGAGGGGGGGCUGCUGGCCCUGGACUCGGCUCUGCAGGAGCAGGAGAGGAUCAUCACCAUGUCCUACGCUCUGGCUUCCGAGGCCUCACUCAAGAGCAAACUCGUCGCAGCUCAAGCCAUCUCUGGACACUGAGGUGCUCGUCCACAUCGACAGCCACUGGAUUCUGCAGGAAAAGAGGAUCUAGUUUGGUUUUGGACAUUUUCACGUCUCCAUAAAGCAGCAGAGGAACCGUAGUAAAGAUUUACAAGACAAAACAUUUCUCUCCGAGGCUCAAACAGCGUCGACUCUCCGAAGCACUAGGAAAAAACUUCCUUAGGAAAACUGUGGGAGCUGCUGUGCUUAUUAACUAUGAGUGUCUAACAAAUGUUAAUCUCAUAAUAAUAAAAAAGAAAUAUUUUCUACAUGUUAUUGCACUUUGAAUUGUACACUGUAUAGCGUUUUCAAGGUAUGACUGACUGGCUUGUACUUGCAGUGGGAUCUCAACUGGGAACAUUUACCAGUUUCUUUCUUGUUUUUUUCUGGUACAAAAUGUUACGAACAAGCUGAAAGUAAAUGUGUCAUGACAGUCACUAUUUUUAUCAAGACUCAGAUAAUUUUCUUACACCAAACCCCUUGAGAUAUCAUGUGUAUGUAUCGGUAGCACUGCCAGUCUCCUUGUAGCUUGCCAAAAUGAAUUUUAUUUUUGCUUACAUCAGGACAAAAAUAACCCUAAACAUAUUUUCUGUGUGACUG